UUGAAAUGUCCAAAACAAAAUUCAAUGUUUUUUGAUUAAUCAUAAUCAAAGAUGUUCAAAGCAUAUAAAAUACCGAAAAUAUUGAUUAAUUUCACGUAGCCAUGCCAUAAAAAGGUUUAUUUUUGACAUGCGAUACUUAGAGUGAAAUGCUCCAAGCAGAAAUCUUAUCAACCUGUUAUCAAUGAAUUGGCAAAUUCGUAGCAAAACUCAUUGAAACUAUGGAAGUGGUGAGAGUAUUGGGAGAAGAUGCCUUGGAUGCUGUGCCGGGGGAUAACGUGACCGAUCCUAAGGUGCCCAUAAUUGAACUGCUAGAUGAUGAAACCAGUCAGACUCAGUCAAACAGACCGCAAAAUUCGUCUAUCUACACAAUGGCGUGUGACGAGAGUCUGAUGAAUAGGCAGGUGGAGCAAUGGAUGGGCAAUCUCUCGCCCACACAAACCACGGGAAUCCAAGGGAGCAGGCCAACGUUGAUGCAGCGCUCUACCCUGGUAACAGACAUGGAGGCCCCGUUUCCUGACACCAGCGUGUGGCACAUGCUGGCUCUCAUGACACAGCUACUCAACAUCGCCGCCACUAGCCAGUGGAGAUGCUCCCAAAAUGCUGUACUGAACUUCAUGGAGUUGAUAUCGUCUCAAAUGGCUAGAGCAUGUAGCCGCCUGCGGUGUAACACUGAAAGCCUAUUUCAUAGUCAUUUCACAAGGGACAUAUUCGCCACUGCUAUGGACGUAGUCCUUCUUAUCUACGCAAUAGGGUUCCUUAUCAUUUCAGUCUAUCAAGCUGGUAUUGUUCCUAUUAAUUCUUGAAUUAAAAAGUUAAAUGUAAUUUUUCAGUAAUUUACAUCAA